AUGGGCAUCACUGACCACACCACCACUUCCAGCACUUCCAGCACUGCUCAACAAGAGUAUUCCAAGCUCCAGGAGUUAAUGAAAAGUGGUGCCACUGAAGCUUCGACGUAUUUGGAAUCGCUCAAGAACAAGUUUGCCGACUAUGACAAGACCUCCAACAAAUCAGCGACCGAGUCAGCCACGUCUUAUUUUCAAGCCGCCAUGGAUCGAGCCAGUGAUUUGGUCGAACAGCUCAAGAAUGCAAGUGAAGAUGUACGGACCGAUGGAAACAAUGUAUCGGACUCUGCCGUUGAGUCGGCCAAACACACGAUGGACCAAGCAAACGCUGCAUUGGAUGAUUUGGGGAAAUCGGCACAAUCGUACGAUCAACGGAUGCGUGACUCCAUCAAUUCAAACGUAGACAAUGCCAAGGAAAAUGGGUCGAGUACAAUGGAAUCCUGGAAAGAUUCCAUUACAUCACUUGUCAACUCGACUCGAGAAUCGACUUUCCAUGGCUUUGAGGCAUUGCAGAACCAGCUUCUUGCAACACAAAAGUCAAUGGCGGAUCACGCUUCAGCUGCUGCUGAGAGUGUUUCCAACGUGGCGUCUGAUGCUUCUGAAAAGAUCAAGCCCGCGGAUCCAAACCCUUCGUUGAUGGAUCGUGCCUCGGGAGCGGUCUCUUCGUCAGUGGACUACGUGACUAGCACCUUCCAAGGCUCCAAGUGA